UUAGAUGAAUUGGGUGAAAUGAAAGAAAAGGCAUUACAAUGGCAAAGCUUUUCCUAUUCCAUUCAUUUCCAUUACUACAAUCGAGUCGGAAUCUCAUGAUAAAUAGGAGCCGUUUUGCAGUACUAAAUUCACAUUUCAACGCUAAACUCUUUCAACCCAAACCUUCCCUCCUUACUUCCAUGGCUUCCUCUGAGAAAGACGCUGCCUUGGCUGCUGUUCCUUCCGAUUCUCCCACCAUAUUUGACAAAAUUAUCAACAAGCAAAUUCCCUCCACUGUGGUUUUUGAGGACGAUAAGGUCCUUGCUUUUAGGGAUAUUUCUCCACAGGCUCCCACACACAUUUUGAUCAUUCCAAAAGUUAAGGAUGGUUUAACUGGCCUUUCCCAGGCUGAGGAGAGGCACUGUGACAUUCUUGGCCGACUUCUUUACACAGCCAAGCUAGUCGCCAAGCAGGAGGGCCUCGAUGAUGGCUACAGAAUUGUGAUCAACGAUGGGCCAAAUGGAUGUCAAUCUGUUUAUCAUAUUCACGUCCACUUGCUUGGGGGACGGCAAAUGAACUGGCCACCUGGCUAAAGCAUGGUUGGACGUUCAGGCCAUCAGGGUGAGUGAGCAUGGUUUGCAGGGUAACGCUAGUCACUAUUCUGCUCUUACCAGAAGUAUAAACUAUUAUAACUCUUCUUUAUUCAUUUACUAUCUGGAAUGCUGUUUGUGAUGAUAUGAAGAUUGUGCCUUUAAUAGAUGGUUUACAACAUGUCAAAACUAGCAUUAACAAUAAACUGGAUUGUUUCUGAUGGCCA